CUCUGAUUAUUAUACCGACUUCACACACUUACAGCAGGGUUUAUGUGGUAUCUAUACUGCACAAUCAGAGAUUGUGGACUCGCGGGUCACAGAUGACAGCUAGAAAUCGAAUGCAUAUUGACGAAUGUUAGACGUUUUUAGAAGUGUUUACCAAUCAAGUCCAGAGAUGAAGCACAGAAUCACUGGAGCUCAGACUGAGUUUAUCAGUGUUCAGCUGCACAUGCGUCUUCACCACACACACACACACACACACACACACACACACACUCAUGGGAAGACUGCUCAGGAUCAGCAGACACACAGAUCAGAUCUUCUGUAGGCACAGCUGCUGUGAUUGGGUUUGAGUGUUUUUUUCAUGGUUUUGCAUGAGUUCAUCAUCUUGAGAUUGAAAUGAUUUCACCGGCUGCCAGUGAAGCGUCUGCAGAUUAAACUCUGGAUCGAUGCCAUAUAAAGACGAGAUACGGUCAGCUUCAGCAUGUCCUCAUCGGACUCCCCUGUUGAAAAACCAGCAUAUUCUGGUUAGAGCUCAGCUCCACGCUUGUGGAGAAGAUGCAGUCUCGGGAUCUGCUGCUGGGUCUUCAGCUGCCUGAGCUGGAUGAUCUGGGUCAGUUCCUCCGCUCUCUGCCCACCUCGGCUCUGCUGGGUCUGGGUGCUCUGACCGCUGUGCUGGCCUACUGGAUCUCCACUCGGCCACGGCCCAUCACGCCGCCCUGCGACCUCCGGCUGCAGUCACAGGAAGUGCAGAUGGAGGACGGCGCUCGAAGGUCCAUGAUGGGCGACAGCUCCACGCUGCUCUCGUAUUAUCAUGAGGACGCCAAGACCAUGUACGAGGUGUUCCAGCGCGGCCUGCACAUCACCGGUGACGGGCCGUUUUUAGGCUCCAGACUCCCCAAUCAGCCCUACACCUGGCUGUCCUACAGAGAGGUGUUGAGCCGCGCCGAGCUCCUGGGCUCCGGUCUGCUGUCUCAGGGAUGUCAGCCCAGUCCAGAUCAGUUCAUCGGGGUGUUUGCACAGAACCGGCCUGAGUGGAUCAUCUCUGAGCUGGCGUGCUACACGUACUCGAUGGUGGUGGUGCCGCUGUACGACACGCUCGGACCCGACGCCAUCCGCUACAUCAUCAACAGAGCGGAGAUCUCCACAGUGAUCUGUGAUAAAGCGGAGAAAGCCGCGGUGCUCCUGGAGAACGUUCAGAGAGGAGAGACGCCGGGCCUGAAGACCAUCGUCCUCAUGGAUGUGUUUGACGCUCCGCUGCUGGAGGAGGCUCAGAAGAGCGGCGUGCUCGUGCGGUCGCUCCGAGAUGUGGAGGCUCUGGGUCGAGAGAACUACAGGAAACCUGUGCCACCUGGACCAGACGACCUGUCCAUCGUGUGCUUCACCAGCGGAACCACAGGAAACCCGAAGGGAGUGAUGCUGACCCACGGGAACAUCAUCGCAGACUUCGGCGGCUUCUUGAAAGUGACCGAUAAGGUGAUCUUUCCAAACCAAGACGAUGUUCUCAUUUCCUUCCUGCCUCUUGCUCACAUGUUCGAGAGGCUGAUUGAGGCGGUGGUCAUCUGCCACGGCGGGAGGAUUGGCUUUUUCCAAGGUGAUAUCCGUCUGCUUUCGGACGACAUGAAGGCUCUCCGGCCCACCAUAUUUCCAGUGGUGCCGCGGCUCCUGAACCGCAUGUAUGACAAGAUCUUCAGUCAGGCCAACACCUCUCUGAAGCGCUGGCUGCUGAACUUCGCUGCGAAGAGGAAAGGGCUGGAGGUGAAGCGCGGCGUGAUCCGCUGCGACAGCGUCUGGGACAAGAUCUUCUUCCACAAGAUCCAGGCCAGUCUGGGCGGCAGGUUACGGAUGAUCAUCACAGGAGCGGCUCCUGCGUCUCCGACCGUGCUGGACUUCCUGCGAGCGGCACUGGGCUGUCAGGUGUACGAGGCGUACGGUCAGACGGAGUGCACCGCCGGAUGCACCUACACCACUCCUGGAGACUGGACGGCCGGUCAUGUAGGCGCUCCGCUGCCCUGUAAUCUCAUUAAACUGCUGGAUGUGGCUGAGAAGAACUACUUUGCUGCUAAAGGAGAGGGAGAGGUUUGUUAACACGGCCUGCGCACAAAUCCUCUGAAA